UGUGUUUGCGUUCAUCUUCAGAACCAAAAACUCGGAGUAGACCUUCACACAGCAUAGUCAACUUCAGGGGGUUUUAAUUUCACCUCUAUCUCCAUGAAUGAAAUCUUUAUACUCUCAAUUUAAAUUGUAAAUAAAUAAAUUUAAUUCAUAUUCGCUCGGGUCAAAUUCCAAUGGCUGACGAUUCAGGCUCCUCACCUUUAAUCCCUCCCUCUCCGAUCACCGAAACCAGCGAGAUCGACCUGGAGGCCGGUCCUGGGGAGCAAACUCAAUGCCGAAUUUGCCUUGAAACUGACGGUAGGGAUUUCAUUGCUCCAUGCAAAUGCAAAGGAACAUCAAAAUAUGUCCAUAGGGAAUGUUUGGACCAUUGGCGAGCUGCGAAGGAAGGGUUUGCAUUUGUUCAUUGCACAACCUGCAAGGCCCCUUACCAUUUAAGAGUUCAUGUUGAUGCAGAUAGGAAAUGGCGAACUCUGAAAUUGCGAUUCUUCGUGACUAGAGACAUAGCAUUUAUAUUUUUGGCUGUCCAGCUUGUUAUUGCUUCACUUGGAUAUUUGGUGUAUUUAAUUGAUAGUUAUCAGCAUUCUUGGCUUCGACACGCGUGGGGCUUUGAUAAUGAGCUUAGUUUCUAUUACAUAUGUGGAUCGCUGCUUUUUUUUGCUUUGCUAGGGCUAUCUGGGUGCUUCAUUACUUGUUAUGAUCAGAGGGUUCGCAGUGAUUUGACUCAGCCUUGUCGAGAAUUAUGUUUCUGUUGCUGUCAGCCUGGAUUGUGUGCAGACUGCCAUCUACCUGGCACUCUUUGUAUGUGGACUGACUGUACCACUUGCUGUGAAAGCUGUGCAAGUGCAGCUGGUGAAUGUGGUUGCUUAGGAGGUGCUGGUGAAGCAGGGCUACCAUUGUUAUUUGUAAUGGCUUUGAUUGUGGUUGGACUCUUUACAGUGAUUGGCAUAUUCUAUAGUGUUUUAGUAGCUACGAUGGUGGGACAGCGAAUUUGGCAACGGCAUUAUCACAUACUAACAAAAAGGAUGCUAACAAAAGAAUAUGUGGUUGAGGAUGUUGAUAGCGAGACGAUGGGAUCUGAUUGGUCUCCUCCACCUCUCCCACCUGAACAUGUUCAGCAUUUGCAAGUUCUGGGUCUCCUAUGAGUAAAGACGAGAUACAAUUGAUCACAGUAAUAGCAUACUUUAGAGAUUGACUGUUUCUCUAUUUUGGGAGGUUAGACUAUACUACGGACCUCUAAACUUCAUUUAUUACGAAAUGCUUGGUGCAGUUACUAGGUAAGAAAAUAUUUUUGUUCAAAUUAUCAUUACAAAUCUGUACAGGACAAUUUGUGAAAAGCUCCUGGUAUUGUUACAAUGGUCUGAUGAGUAAAGAAAGCUGAAACAAGGUGUUCUGAAAAAUAACUAAAUAAAGAUGUCUCAUUUUCUCUUCCAUGCUUUUAAAUUUUAAUCUAUUACAGAAGAAAGAACAGAACAUCAUUUUGUACUAUAUUUGUUUGGAUUAACCUUGCAUGCAAUGUGUUGUCAAAUAUUUCUGACAUGUUUCUUUAACUAUUUAUUCCAUUUUUUUCUUCUUAAUGUACUGGAUAACCUGUUACUGUUUUGGCAAUGCUCAAUUCAAUAUUUUUACGCUGUUAUUCUUUCUCAAUUUGCCUCUGAACUUGUCAUCAAAGGGCAAGGUACCCCAAAUUAACUUUGUGGGCAAAUCGCCUGUAAGUUUUGAUUUUGAUUUUUGUGGCAAUAAGUCCCAAUUCGUACUGAAUUGAGCAAGUAUUUUUUUUCGCUUUUCAUCUAUUAUGAGACUUGAUUAUCCUUGGCCAGAGAAAUUCAUUAGGCAAAUUGCUUACUUGAACCCUCUGUAACAUAGCUUGAACCCAUCUUUGACAUUAUAGAAAUGCACAAAGAUUCCAAUUAUCCUCCCACACGCAUGCUCGUGUGCACAUAUACACACUUUAAUUAUCCUUUAAAGAAAGAAUAUAAAGGGAUCUAAAUUCUUAGUUUAGCAAUGAAGUCACAUGAUAUGCAUAAACAAAAAUAAGAUGAGGACAAAAAAUGAUUCAAUUAUGUUAUCCAAGAAACAUAGUGUUAGGCAGCAAUGACAAUGGUUGGGAGCAUAUCAUGUGAGCAAGCCCUAUACAGUAGACAUACUAUAAGAUCUUGCCUCAUGUUUCGUCGCUAUGUGAUCAUCUCUUUCUGUUUGAAGUUGUAGCAUGUAGCGUGCUUGCUAUGGAAUUCUUGGGACACAGCAACUAUUCCCAACAUUGAAAUAUGCAGCCAUGUGAAGCGACCAUUUGCAUAUAUGUACUUGGACUGGAAUCCAUUCACUCUUGGAAAUUAUUAGUUUAGAAAUCCCAUUUCUCUAAUAAUUUUCGCAGUGACUAAAGCCUAAGUGGACCAUCAGUCGUGAGUCACCAACGCAGCUGCUGUGUGAUUCGCGUGGACGGCAGGUGGCGGUAGACGUCAAAAUCCCACAGGUGGUGGCUGGUCACGGGUCGCUGAUGAGAGCAAAUUUCUUCCAUGGCUGACAUUGCAAUUCUGGUUGCUGAGGAGUACGAAAGGAGAGUGAAGAAUUCAAGAAAGCUAUCUAAAGCUUCAGAUUCAGAGAUGGAGGUUGUGAAUUGGGUUUCUUUCUUGGCUCAGAAUGUCAAGGACAAGGUUAGGGUUAGGGUUGCCGAAGAGAAUAUUGAAAUUCCCAAGUGGAUUUUGGAGCCCAAGUCCCAAGUUGGUGUUGCAGCUUCUAAUGGAUUCUUCUCUGCCUGACUUGUUUCUUAAAUAUUUUGGUUUGUGAUUCUGUACAAAUUUUAUGUUUGCUUGUUUCGAUAUAGUAAUACAUGAGAAAUUAAUGUCA